UCAAAAGCACUUUUUCAUUGAUUCCGAAAGACCUCAGGGAGGAUGCGGUCCAAACCAUACUUCUUCGAAGAAAACUCGCCAACUCAAUCAGUUUUACUUACGACCCUUUCAAGUGGAAAUUUGAAGAAAUUGGAGGAAUUCAAUAAUUCAGAAUUAGUGGAUUUCUUUCUUUCCCAAGGAACCAUCCCGGACUGUUCAGAGAUAAGUUUACAACCCACCUUAAAACAAGACUUAUCCGUCGCAAAAUCUCUCAAAGAUGAGGGUAAUCGACUUUUUAAAGAAGGUCGCCAUCUCGAGGCUCGAGAGAAAUACACCGCUAGCAUUUGUGCCUAUCCCGUGGACUGGUCUAACCCGUCCAGCAACACGGAAUUUGCCAUCACUUUGGCCAAUAGAUCCGCUACCAUGGACGCAGCCGGGAGUUAUGAAGCGUGUGUCAAUGACAUUGACAUGGCCUUGAAGUACGGUUACCCAAAGAAUUUGCAAUACAAGGUUUUCAAAAGGAAAGGUCACGCUUUGCUCCGGUUGAAGCAGUACAUUCAAUCUCGAAGUGCUUAUGCCAAGAGCUUGGAUAUGAUUGGCAAAUCCGAUUUACCUUCUAAAGCCAGGGACGAAUUGCGAGCGAGAACCAAGAAGAACAUGGGCAUUUUCACCGUGGCCAAGAGCAUCCAAGACAAUCCGAUUGCUUUGCCACUGCCUCUCAUUUUGGAUCAACCACCGUCGGAGAACAAGAAUGCAGGGGUCUAUGAUCUUGACGUAUUGUCGACCCCAUGUCUACAACAAAUCGAUGAGCACAGAACGAAUGUCACCCGAGACAUUUCCCUGGGAUCGUGCCUUUUCAAAGAGAGCCCCCGGUUAGCAAUUCUUCUAAGUGGUGUGCCAGGCCUUCCACAAUUGUGCCCGCAUACCUUGAAACCAUUGGUGGCACCCAUUCCCUGCUCAUUCGGAGGAAAAACCUUGUUCGCCAAUGAGAAGGCAAGAGAAGAGGCCAACGCAUCCUACAAUCGUUACGAAUGGCCUUUGGAUCCUGAUUAUCUUCGCCAAUCGCUGGGUCUGAGUCCUUACGCACGAUUGGCUCUCCGAAUGGUGCUCUCUGUUGAUCCAAAGGAUUUAGUUAGUCGAGGAUGGGAAGAAGCCAUGGCUCCAAAAUUUGGCAUGGUCUUGGAAUCAGAUGCCACGGUUCUUUCGGCCAAGCAACGGUGCGAACGAGGUAUUUUGACCGCCGUGCUCCUGAAAAUCCUUCGAAAUAUCAAAUAUUCAGAAGGACCACAAGAGUCGGAGACGAACUUGGUUUCAUGCCUGUGGAGGUGCAUUCACUAUGUGGACUCAUUCGCUUUCCCAUUGCGUCACACAAAAAUGGAAAAGGCUUCGGACCCGAAAGCUCCAAAUCCAAUGACCUUCAAGACUUAUGGUUUAGGAUUAUUUCCCGGAUAUCGAAAGCUCCUCAAAAGCGCGCAAAAGCUGAAGCCCGAGGAUGAUUCUAACGCGUUCGUGACCUUUACUUUGAAUCGUUUACUAGUCAUUACUUAUCGCAUCAUCAACGAAGGGGAAGCUCUUGUCCUCGUCAAUGACGAAGAAGAGCCAAACGAAGUCCCACCAGGGGAAGAAAUGAAGACUCGGAAAGAGCCUAAUGACAUGAUCGUGUUUAAGUGCUCGAACCCGGCUUGCUCGGCUACCUUCCCUCUAAAGGAGAACACCAAGGAGAAGGUGAUUCGAUGUCCCGUGGGUAAAUGCCAAAAAGACACUAACAUUUGGCUGAAGUUGACCAAAAUCCAGGAACUCAAACAAAAAUGGAGGGCUUUACAGGGCUCGUUGUCCACGAUGAAGCCUUGCGACCAAAUCAAGGCCAUUGAGGAUUUACUAAAAGAAUGGCAAUUGAUCGUGGCCAGGCCCUACCAAGACAUUGACGACUUGGAACUUCAUGUAAAACGAGCGGUUCAAACAGAGCGAUGGCAUGCGGAGCAAAAUUGGCUUAAAGAAUACUUAUAACCUAAAUAACGGUUUAGUACUUACGUUUCAUCCAUCUGGUCGAGGUUUAAGACGCGUCCAGCCUGAUCCGUUUGUAACAAUCGUUCCAAGAGAUGAAAGCAGCUUUGAAAAAGGUGGAAAAGGGCGUCUUCAGUGGAUUGAGGUACACAAUUCUUGUACAAUAUCUCGUUGAGGACGCUCAUGGCUAACGCGUUUAAACGGAGAUCGCUUACAUCCUACAAAUCCAAGAAUGAACAAAGACAUGUGCUUACUUAAAUCAAACUAAAAUAAAGUCAUUUAUCAAUGAA